CACUGCACAGUCCAAACCGUGCACCCACGAGGAUCCACCUCAUCUCUCUCCCUCUCUCUCUAGAAAAUCAUCUUCUCACCUCCAAACUAUACAUAUAAUCCUUGUGUAUCUAUAUGGGAAGAUGUUGCUUUUAUGUACUAUGUUUUUAUGCUCUCUUCCUCAAAAGGGUAGAUUCGUUGAGACUUUUACCCCUUUUUUGAUUUCCAGAGGUUGAAAGCCUUUGAAAAAGCAGCCUUUGUUACUUGUAUUUUUUUUAACUUCUGGGUUGAUUCAUUCACCUUCAUAACUUCCCUUUUCUCAGCUGAAAAGAGCGUGCUUGGACGGUUGAUCUUCUGGGAUUUAAAUCUUGGUGGUAUUUGUGAUUGAAUUGUUUCCAAUUUGAAGGUUUUUAGUAAAACCAGGCAAAGGUGCAGAGAUCUUAUCUUGGUGUUGUGGGCGAAGAAAUGUCUUUGAGCUGUGCUCUUUUGAAUUAUCCCUUUUGGUGUUUGAAAAAUUUGGGCCGUGCCGAGAGAUAGAGAAGAAAGAUUGGUGUAAGGGAAGAUGGACGAACAUGGGGCAGAGGAUUGGAGGGAGAUGGUGAGGAAAAUGCUUCCUCCAGGGGCGCCCAUUCCUGAUGAGGACAAGAUGGAUUAUUCAAUAGCUCUGGAGUAUAAAGGGCCUCCAGUUUUAUAUGAGGUCCCCAGAGUGGAACCACUCGACAUGAACGCUGAUGCAAUUCCAAUUGCUGAACCCAUUUCAGAAUCUAGAAGAUCAGUGACUCGUGAUAAUGCCCCUGUAGUAGAACCAAUCCCUUUGCCCAUGUCUCGUAUUGCAAGGGUUACGAGUCAACCUCAUCAUAGUCCUAGGAUGUCGGGAAGUUCAGAAUCUGUGGUGUCCGUUCUGCAGAAUGAUGAUUUUUCAUCUCCUUCUGCAUCCGGUUCCCCCGGUUCAGUGCACAGCCGACAGAGUAAUGUUCCAAAAGAACCUGCCAAUGAAGGAAGAAGAGCCACAGUGGUCACCUUUAAUACUGUUGAUAGAUCUGAAAGGAGAGUGGUAGAUACCGACAAACAAGUAUUUCCUGAAUAUGUUGGUGUCACCAAAGAAAAGAAGAAGAGAAAGAAAACGAGAGUUUGUUAUAGGUGUGGAAAAGGGAAGUGGGAAACUAAAGAAUCCUGCCUGGUUUGUGAUGCAAAAUAUUGCAGCAACUGUGUGCUCAGAGCAAUGGGUUCUAUGCCAGAAGGGCGUAAAUGUGUUACUUGCAUAGGGGAGCCGAUUGAUGAGUCGAAGAGGUCCAAAUUGGGUAAACAUUCUAGGGUGUUAUCACGUCUUCUUAGUCCUUUGGAAGUCAAACAUAUAAUGAAGGCUGAAAAAGAGUGUGCUGCUAAUCAGCUUCGACCAGAGCAGCUGAUUGUGAAUGGGUAUCCCCUAAAACCAGAGGAGAUGGCAGAACUUUUUGGAUGCCCUUUACCUCCUAGGAAACUGAAGCCAGGCAGAUAUUGGUAUGACAAGGAAUCAGGUCUUUGGGGAAAGGAGGGAGAAAAGCCUGAUAGAAUUAUUAGUUCAAACUUGAAUUUCACAGGAAAACUUAGUCCUCAUGCAAGCAAUGGGAAUACUGAGGUCUACAUGAAUGGUCGAGAAAUCACAAAACUUGAGCUAAGAGUACUGAAGCUUGCAAACGUGCAAUGCCCUCGUGAUACCCAUUUUUGGGUGUAUGAUGAUGGUCGAUAUGAGGAGGAAGGCCAAAAUAAUAUCAGAGGAAAUAUCUGGGAGAAGGCAUCCACCCGAUUUGUCUGCUCGUUGUUUUCUUUGCCUGUACCUCAAGGUCAGCCUCAGGGACACAGGGAUGAGCCUAGUAACUAUACGACUGUACCAAAUUAUCUAGAACAGAAAAGGAUCCAGAAGCUUCUUCUCCUUGGACCCCAAGGCUCUGGGACCAGCACUAUUUUCAAGCAGGCCAAAUUUUUGUACGGAAGCAAAUUUACUCCCGAGGAACUACAGGAUAUCAAGCUUAUGAUUCAAAGCAACAUGUACAAGUAUCUCAGCAUUCUUCUUGAUGGUAGGGAACGCUUUGAGGAGGAGGCUAUAUCACAGUCCAAAGGGCAAGGUUCUGACGAGAUAGUCUCCGAAUCAGGGGAAGGCACAGACUCCAACGAACGUAACCAGUGUAUUUAUUCCCUCAAUCCAAGGUUGAAGCAUUUCUCCGACUGGCUCCUCGACAUCAUAGCCACUGGAGAUUUAGAUGCAUUCUUUCCUGCUGCGACCCGUGAAUAUGCUCCACUUGUCGAAGAAGUGUGGAGAGAUCCUGCUAUACAAGAAACAUACCGAAGAAAGAAUGAACUUCACUUUCUACCUGAUGUGGCUGAGUACUUCUUGAGCAGGGCGGUUGAAAUAUCAAGCAAUGAGUAUGAACCAUCAGACCGUGAUAUACUGUAUGCUGAAGGGGUGACUCAAGGUAACGGCUUGGCUUUUAUGGAGUUCACCAUGGAUGAUCGCAGCCCAAUGUCAGAGACAUAUGCAGAAAAUCUGGAAUCAGCACCCCCUCCCCUGACCAAGUAUCAACUUAUUAGAGUAAACGCCAAGGGGAUGAAUGAAGGUUGCAAGUGGGUGGAAAUGUUCGAGGACGUCCGAGCUGUAGUUUUCUGUGUUGCAUUGAGCGAUUACGAUCAGGUCUGGAUUUCCCCAGAGAGCUCUGGCAGCGGUGUGCUGCUCCAGAACAAGAUGAUUCAAAGUAAACAACUCUUUGAGAUGAUGAUCAGACAUCCUUGUUUCAAAGACACCCCAUUUGUCCUCAUCUUGAAUAAGUAUGACCUUUUUGAAGACAAGAUCAACCGCGCUCCUCUGGGUACGUGCGAAUGGUUCACUGAUUUCAGCCCUGUGCGACCCCACAACAACAACCAAUCCCUAGCCCACCAAGCUUACUUCUAUGUAGCCAUGAAGUUCAAGGACCUCUACGCUUCACUCACCGGUCGAAAGCUCUUCGUUUGGCAAACGAGAGCUAGGGACCGGCCCACGGUAGACGAGGCCUUCAAAUAUAUACGGGAAGUUGUGAGGUGGGACGAUGAGAAGGAAGAGAACUACUAUGGCGGUGCAGAAGACUCGUUUUACAGCACAACAGAUGUCAGCUCCUCACCAUUCGUCCGCCAAGAAUGA